GGGGGAGGGGCGGGGGGAGGCGGCGUUUGAGCUACCACUGCAGUUCAUCUCCCCAGUUUAGAACGGCGCGGACUAAAUCACGGCCGGACAGACGGCGGGCCCCUGCUCUCCGCCGCGGUGGACGCACACACACACACGGGGGGCGUAGUGCUGACACGGUGAGGGCCGGGACGAAACCGGAGAAACCGGAGCGCCGUCGGCGGCGAGGUCGUUCCUGAGUGAAGGCUCUGAGUGAGGCCUUGUCCGUAUAACUUUAUCACGAUGGCCAAGGUUAUUUAUGCCCCGUGCAAGCUUCACCCGUCAGCCCGGGACUCGGAUUAAUGAUGCGGAUCUACAUGGGGAGAUACUACUGGGCCCGGGGGAGGUUCAGUGGUCAUGGGUUUGCGUUGUGAAGAUUAUCCCUUCAACCCCCCGCAACCCCUGAGUUCGCCCACAGCAUGUGUACAGUGGCACUCGCUACUAGCUGGGACAGACACACACACACACACACACAGACACACACACACACACACACACACACACACACACAGCAGCAGCAACAAAGAGCACCUAUUGCGUCCAAGUAUCUGCCACUGUAAAGAGCAAAGCCGAGGUUCUGCUCCGCUCAAUACUAUCAAUUACACAGCACAUUGCACCGAGAACGCAGCGCGGCCCAAGCCAGAGCAGUGUGGACCGGUGCCACGGAGCAGACGUCUUUAUAAGUACAGGGGAAAGCUGCUCACAGCCCCCGGGGUCAGCCAGGCAGCUUAUUGCCAGAGCAGCCUUGUGCCAGGGGACUGCUUUUGAUCACAGGAGCAUGCAGGCCCCUGAUGCGAAGGCUCGGUCGAAAAUAUAAAAUUUAGUAACAUAAUUCGGCAUAAUUUUUUUUUUUCGCACCUCAUUCAACGGUAUUAUAGUACAAUGAUGUAAAAUAAUUUGAAACGUCAAGCACAUUCACGUAUUACAUUCUGCCUCUGCGGUGUCACUACGACAAAGUAACUGAUAAGCCUUGCGAGAAGACACAAUUCGUACCACCUGUUCCAUUCUCUUCGUGUCCUUCGAGCCUCUGAAGUCACAGGUCACUGAUCGCAUUCUUGUUCUCUUUCGUUUCAGGCUGAGCGGGGGGAAGGAGAGAGAGAGACACACUGCCAAGAUGAAGGUCCUCCUCACUCCGCUGACUCCCCUGUUCCUCCUCCUGCUUCUUCUUCUUCUCCUACCGGACGCUGCCUCGCGAGGCGACUGCCCGAAGGACUGCUCCUGCUCCACUCUGGAGUCCAUCUUCUGCUUCCAGCGGCAUUCCCCCGCCAUCCCUCAGGGGGUACCCCCGGCCACGCAGAACCUCUACCUCUUUUCCAACGGCAUCGAGGGACUAACCGAGGAGGACUUUGACGGCCUGGAGAGCCUUGAGAUGCUGGACCUCAGUCAGAACAAGCUGACGGCGCUUCCCGAUAGGGUGUUCCAGCCCUUGAUCUCCCUGAGGAACCUGGACCUGAACUCCAACCAGAUCACGUACGUCUCCGAACACUGCUUCCACGGCAUGCCUCUUCUGGAGCGGCUCUACUUGUACAGCAACCACAUCAAGACCAUCCACCCGGCGGCCUUUAGUGGCUUGGAGCAGCUGAUAGAGCUCAAGCUACAGGGAAACCAGCUUACUACACUGCCGGCGUUGUCCUUACCCAGGCUGAGGCUGCUGGACCUCAGCUAUAAUGUGUUCCCGACUCUCGGUCCGGAAGACCUCAAGACCCCGAACCUCGAGUCCCUGAGGUUGGCGGGAGUCGGGCUCACCCACCUCGAUGAUGAGCUCAUGGCCAGUCUGGGUAAUCUCCAUGAUCUGGACAUAUCAGAGAAUCAACUGGAGGUGUUCCCUCCGGCGCUGAAGGAAGCAAGAGGGCUGAUCCACCUCAGCCUCGGAGGGAACCCCAUGGGACCCCUGGAUGUAAAGGAUCUGCAGAAUCUGGGGGAUCUUCACGAGUUGGACAUCAGCAGCCUGAGUUUACAGGGUCUCCCCGAGGAAUUCCCGAAGCUUUUCCCCCACUUGGAGAAACUAAAAGUAGCAGAGAAUCCCUUCAACUGCCUGUGCAACCUUGCAUGGUUUCCAAACUGGCUGAAGACCAAGGGAAUUACCCUGCACAGAACCGAGGAGACCCGCUGCCACUUCCCCCCGAUAAAUGCUGGGAAGGUUCUGCAGAGGAUGGAGCACAGUGAGUUUGGUUGCCCUAUUACGACCAGAGUGACCACCACCACGGUCAAGACCACCACCACCGCAGCUGACCCUGUGACCCUCCCCCUAAGUACAUCUGAGGCUUUUCUCGAUCCGAUGCCCAGCGACUACUCCUUGGACCCGGAAGACGACAAUUCUUUGCCACCCGUCCAUGCCAGCCCCAGCAGCAGCAGCAGCAUUGACAAUGAGAUGCAGCCGACUUCGUGCCAUCCCAACACCUGCUCUAACGGUGGACUGUGUCGGCUGGACCGACGCGGCCAGGUAGCAUGCGCCUGUCAACCCGGCACCUCGGGCGUCUACUGUGAGAUCCCCCGUCAUCAUUCACCCUCCGUGCCUGAGGCCGAGGUGUCCAUGGCAACGGUCAUCUCGGACACAGCGGACAUAAGCUCCCGGGCCGUGACCUCGACCACGAUACGGCUGGACCUUCACCGCUACAUCGAGAGGCGACCGUACAUCCGUGGAAUCCGCCUGACCUACCGGAACCUCUCGGGGCCCGACCGCCGGCCGAUCGACCUGAGCGUUCCCGCCAACUACCCGGAGUACACGCUCAGAGGCCUGAAGCCAAACUCCACGUACGCCGUGUGCGCCAGGCCUCUGGGCACCCCUAUCGGUAUGGACAGUUCCUGCACUGAGGCCCGCACGGUGGGCCAGCAUCAGAGCACCGUGGGGGCCCGCGUAGAGGACAAGCGGUUGACCACCAUGCUAGUGCCGGCCCUGGCCAUCUUGUUGUCCCUGGUGCUGAUAGCAGCGGCCGUGGGGCUCGUUUGCUACCUCCGCAAAAGAAGGGGCAAAGGCCACCUGAACCCCCUGGACUGCGAGCCCUCCCAGCUGGAACUGGAGGGCGUGCGGACCAGCCUAGACAAUGGGGAGCUGCCCAAGAAGCAGCCCGAGGCCUCGAGUCCCGAGCCUGCCGUUCAGAACGGUAACCUGGAGUACGAGGAGCUGCUGCUCCAGGAUCACUGCACCUCGAACAACAAUAUGUGCACGCACAAGCCCAGCUACUUCUGACUGCUCGGACUGCACUGCACUGGGGAGACUGACUGGGGGCGUUCUGUUGUGGUGUGCUGUCGGCGUCUUGGCAACUGCUCUGGGUGAUAGCAGUGGCAGUGGGCGGGACCGGCCAUCCAGGAACAGAGAUGCGGAACAUUAAAGACGUUGUAAAUAUAAAGUGUUUGUCUAACUGGACAAUAAACAAAGAGAUUGGAGAUAAUAAAAAAAAGGGAUAUUCCCUUAAAUAUGAUGUAGCUGACUCCUGCAGUUUCCUACCAGAUGGACAACCCCCUCAGAUUGAGGGCUAUAGAUUGAAAUUGAGGGUUAAAUUAUGCCAGAGGUGGGUGAUGUCCCUAUUAGUAAUAAAGAAGAGGUGUGCACUGAUAUUGGGCUGUGCUGCCAUUUCCCAGUUGUAACAACUGAUCUAAACCCCAUUAAUAUGAUGGGUUGUAUUUUUGCUAUGUUGUAGCACCCUCAGCACUACCUUAAAGGAGUCGUGCUUGCUGUGAAUGACCUCUUUUGUCACCAAAUGAAGCGUUGUCGAAGACGGCUCCACCGCGCAUUGCUCUCUUGCAUAGCUUCCUUCGGCUCUACUGCUUUUGUACAAAUACAAUUUCUAAUGUUAUUUUUUUAUAAGUGUCUGUGUUGUUUUUUUCUCUCUUGUUAAAACAAUGUGACUGUGCAGCCUUCCACCCCUAUCUCUUGUGACUCACCGACAGACAAAACAUCAGAUUAAAAUCUUUGAAGAUUAAAAAUGCAUUUUGUACCAACAGAGUCAAUCAAAGGGCUUUGCCUGCAGAAUGUCAGACGGUCGAAGUAGCUGUUAAGUUCGGCCUGACUCAAGGCUAAGUCCCCUUCCUCAUUCUUCAGCACUCACCCUCCCUUUCCUCCAUUGAGACGAUUCCAAACGUUACGAAGGGAAACUCAUCCCCGUAUUUAGUUUCAACUGUGAUGCAUACCAAAAUGUAACUAUACCAGAAAGCUGAGAACGGAGAGAUAACGUCCGAUACUGUAUUGUUGAUUCAUGCUACAAGGCACCCGAAUUAUACUGCUCACAACUCACACAGAACAGAUAGUGUGUUUGUGUGUACUUUCAUUCCCUGGGGUACGACAUUUGCUGCUGUGGCAUAUUGCCUAACACCAUAAAAAUUUGGUUUUAGUCUCGCUCAUUUUAAAACGGCUCCAGCUCCAGAUGUAGCGUGGUAACUCCAUAGUGUUGUGCUCUUAAUUUAAUCAUUCUGAGGCGAGUCGGAGACCUCAAAAACAUGGUGACCCAGACACACUGGGAUGUCAAACCGUUUAGGAUUAACAAAGAGGUUCACGCUCUCUAUGGUGGCAAGCUUGCUUGCCUGUGUGUGUCUGUGUGUGUCUGUGUGUGUGUGUGAGAGAGAGUGUGAGUGUGAGUGUGUGUGUGUGUGUGUGUGUGUGUGUGUGUGUGUGUGUGUGUGUGUGUGUGUGUGUGUGUAGGUGUGUGUGUGUGAGGUCUGUCAACAAACUGUGAUAAUGCAGGAGCUUGUCCAGUCACGUCUUUAAGAGACGCGCAGACAUAAAGUUACCACUAGACAUGUGUCUCUCAGUGUCACCCAUGAGAGAGCACACUGAAUACCUGCACACACAAUAAGAUGUGUAUGUGCCGGAAUGUAGACACACCACACUGCAGUUUUUCCUUGGAUUCAAUCACGACCAAAAUUGCCAAAAAACAAACAAACAUCAAACUGGAAUAUUUGUCCGCUAAUUAGUUUACAUUGAAAACCACGCACAGUAUUUUCAAUGGGAUCGUUAAUUUUCCCUGUUUACUUUGGGAAGCUCUUACUUGUAAAGCUCUGUUGUUGCCUUUUUGUAUACAGUGAACAUAUUUGUAAAAGUGGAAAAUAUUGAUAUGUAAAAUAAAAUAAAAAGAUUAUACAUAAAAAUGAAAA